AUGGGGGAUGCAGGCAAAGGGAAGAAAAUAUUUACGAAAAUGUGUGGAACUUGUCACACCACUGAGAAAGGAGGAAAACACAAAAUUGGCCCUAACCUGUUUGGAGUCAUAGGACAAACUUGCGGUACGGCUCCUGGUUUCGCGUAUUCAGAUGCAAUGAAGAAGAAGGGCAUAACGUGGAGCGAGACAACAAUGGACGAGUACCUCCAAUUUCCAAAGAGAUUUGUUCCGGGCACGAAGAUGGUCUUCAUGGGUAUUAAAAAAGAAGACGACCGUAAAAACCUUAUCGCCUAUCUGGUUUCGCUAAAGUGA